AUGAGCGCCCAGGCCCUUAACAAGAUCGCUCCCAACAGCCCCUCGAGGCAGAACCCCUCCGAGCUCGAGUCGAGCAUCGCCCAGGCUCUCUUCGACCUCGAGUCCAACACCUCCGAUCUCAAGGUCGCUCUCCGACCUCUCCAGAUCGUCUCUGCUCGUGAGAUCGAGGUUGGCCACGGCAAGAAGGCUAUUGUCAUCUUUGUCCCCGUCCCUUCCCUGCAGGGCUUCCACCGCGUCCAGCAGCGUCUCACCCGUGAGCUCGAGAAGAAGUUCUCUGACCGCCACGUCCUGAUCCUCGCUUCUCGCCGCAUCUUGCCCCGCCCCAAGCGAUCUGCCCGCUCUCGCAACAACCAGAAGCAGAAGCGACCCCGUUCGCGAACUCUCACCGCCGUCCACGACGCCAUCCUCGAGGAUCUCACCUACCCCGUUGAGAUCGUCGGCAAGCGCGUCCGCACCAAGGAGGACGGUUCCAAGCUCCUCAAGGUCAUCCUUGACGAGAAGGAGCGUGGUGGUGUUGACUACCGCCUUGACACCUACUCUGAGGUCUACCGUCGCUUGACAGGCCGCAACGUCAACUUCGAGUUCCCUCAGAGCGGUCCCGCUGACUUUUAA